UCUCUCCUACUUCUGGAUGGAGAGUUACUCUCUCCUCUUCAGUUCCUCCCAGGGAGCGGGACUUUUGUCAGGAUUUCAGCGUCUGCGAUCUGAUAGGAGGAUGUGUGAUGUCGUCCUGGAAACCGGGGGGGUGUCUUUCCCGUGUCACCGCGCCCUAUUGGCCAGUUCCAGUGAGUAUUUCUGGGCUCUGUUUGGAGAGAGCACGGCGGAGAGGUUAGCGGCCACUGUUAGCCUCCCAGCGCUAACUCCUCGGGGACUAGAUAUCAUCCUGGACUUCUUGUACUCUGGUUGGCUCAGCCUAUCACCUUCCACCCUUCCCAUUGUCUUGGAAACCGCCAGGUACCUGCAGGUGCAUGAGGCUGUGUCGAUAUGCGAUCGCUUUCUUAACGACGGGUUGUCACUCAACACCUGCUGUUGCUACGCUAACUUGGCAGAAUGCCAUGCCCUUCCGGAGGCCCUUGCAGCCGCCAAUCAAACCAUCACCAUGGAGAUGGCAGAAUUGUUACAAGACAAAAGGGAGGAUCUCUUAGAGCUCAACAUCCAAUCAUUGACAGCCGUGCUGGAGGCCGAAGAGAUUCCCAGUGUUAAGGAGGCAGAGCUAGUGAGGCUGGCUCUGGAUUGGUUGGAUGUGAACGGGCCGCUGCCAUUGGUUCGUUCAAACCUGCUGCUCAGCCGUCUACGUUUCGGAUUGGUCACCCCCUCUGACCUGGCAAUACUAAGCCACGCCCACCCAGCAAUGGCCACACCUCUCAUGAGGAGUCAUGUGACACGAGCGCUGGAGUAUCACGGGCAGGGAGCUGCUCGACCAAUCAGACAGAGCAGACAAACCACUCUGAGGUCAUCAGCUCAUCAUGUGCUGUUAGUAGGGGGUGGGGUCAAUCCAGACUCUCCAGAUCAGGAAGUGCUGACUUUUGACCUCAAAAACAGUAAGUGGUCAUCACUGGCCACCAAUCUCCCACGACUGCUAAAGAACCACUGUGUGUGCUGUGUUGGAGGGUUCCUCUUUGUGAUUGGAGGAGAGGAGGUUGUGGGACGAACCGAGGAAGGGGGAAAAACUCUCACCACCACGACAACCAACCAAGUGUGGCGGUAUGACCCUCGCUUUGCAUGCUGGGAGGAAGUGGAGUCCAUGCUGGAGAGAAGAGCCCAGUUCACCUGCUGUGUGGUUGACGAUGUCAUAUACGCCAUAGGAGGACGACACCCCCGCGCGGACACACACACCUCGACGGCAUCCGUGGAGUUUUACAACAUGUCUGCAGGGGUGUGGCGGAGGGCCACCCCUCUGCCCCGCCCCCUUUACGGCCACGCCUCCGCCGUGCUGGGACAAGCCCUGUUUGUCUCUGGAGGUAUCCCUGGCCACCAGGGCUGUCACCAAGGUGGUAGCCAUGGUGACCAGCGGGACUGCAGCAAAGAGCUUCUUUCUCUAGACCUCGGCGUUGGAGGGAAGUCCUGGGAGACGAGAGCCCCGAUGUCCAUCGCUCGCUUCCGACACCACAUGGCAACGGUUGCCGGGAGCAUCUACGCCCUUCUGGGAAUGUACGAGCCCUUCUGCGACAUCGAGCGGUACGAUUCGCUGGCGGACCACUGGACCCGCCUCCGCCCACUCCUCAUGGGCUCGUUCAGCUAUGGACUGGCUCUCACUGCUUCCGGAACCCUCCUGCUAUUCGGAGGCAGGAAGUGGAUGGACGGACAGGAAGUCACUGUGAAAAGCGUUCUAGAAUACGACAGGGAGAAGGACCGCUGGAAGGAGAUAUGUCAGCUACCCAGACCUCUGUGUGGCUGUGAAUGUACACUGCUGGCUCUGCCCAACUAACACACACACUGGAAUUAUGAGACAAACCCAUGAAACACUAAUAAAGGAGAGGAAUAAUGUGUGCCAAUCCUGUUUCAACAUAGGGAGAGAGAGAGAGAGAGAGAGAGAGAGAGAGAGAGAGAGGGAGAGAGAGGAGGAGAAGAAGAGGAGAUCUCUUAAUGAAAAGAUGCAAAUCAUGCUUGUAUAUGGUGGGAGCCACAGGAUGUAACGCUUCCUAGUUGUUUUGGCUGAUAACUGCCAUCCCCUGUGAACUACUGUAUGAACGUCUGAACGUCUCGUUUCUCUGCCGAGACGUUAGUAAAUCUUCCCGAGGGCCUCCGGCCUUGGUCUCUCCUGCUCUACUCAUCUCUUCUCCCUCGCCCUGAGAGACUGAAGUCUGCUGUUCAGACAUCCAUCACAGAGGUGUUCGUAGGGCCUGCUACGGCGAGUAGUAAGCCCUCUAGUUCCAGAGCCUGGAUCCUUAGUCUACUUUAGUCUUUUAACAAUGUGCUUGAAAACUGUCAUUUUUCGCAGUUUGAGCGGCAUGUCUGAAUCUGCUGUGUUGGUUUCGUUUGGUUUCUGUAGACCGAUUGUCGAAUUGCAAUGCUUUAGGACUGAAUGUUGUCUACAUUGUCUAAAACAUUUAAUUAUUUGAAUGUCAUCUCUAUAUCAAUAUCUAACAACUUUAAAUCCCAUCUGCUAUCACAAGGGGUUAGCACAAAUGUGAUAAUUAGAUAGUUUAACAUUCCAAAUGGUCAUUUAAUGGGAAAUAUGAAAAACAUAAAGUUUCUCU